GAGUAAAGAAAAAAUUUAGUAAGAGAGAGGGUUCAUAACGGCGACGAGAGUAAACAUAUAUGAACAAAUCAGAGUCUCGACUCAGCACGAACCCUUACCUUGUCUUUUGUCCGCUUCACUUCAAGUUCCGUUUCACCGAGUGAGUUUGAUUGAAUCUGCUUAAAGUUUGAUUUUUUUUAUUUUCUUUUCAAUGUUACUUCUCCUCUAGGGUGGAGAAGUUGCUUUCUUCAUAGAAUCGGGGAUGAUGCACUAUAUGACGCAGCAACAACUACGAUGGAAUAUGUGGAGUUAUUGACAACCAAGCUUGCUUUGUGUAAAGUUAUCAUAUAACUGUGGACAACACUUUAUCCCCUGCCCAUGUGGGUAUCAUCAUCCCAAAACCAGUUGGAGAUGCUACAUGUCCUCCAAAAGUUGAAACCUUUUGUCUCCGUGGGUGGUGGUUUACUCGCUGCUUGGUUAUAUUUGAUGUUUUGCUAUCUGCAGAUUGUCUUGUUACAGGAGGUUUCCUUCAACAUUGGCGAAUCUGUAAAGAAUAGAGAUACUGAUUCAGGAUGCUAACGAGAAGGCAGUAACAAAUAUCAGACUUCUAAGUUUGGUAACAGACUAAAACUCUUAUCAAAAUUUGUCUAUGUCUUUACAUGGAACCACAGAAGCAGCAGGAUAGGAAGUAAAAGCAUCUAAUUGCGCCUCCUUCCAACUACAAGCAUGGCGUUCCUUUCGUUGGUGGCAGGGAUAAAACAAUAGUAUAGGGUUAUUAACAUCAACACCCCAAAACUUGAGGGGCUUUGAUGUAGUUUUGACAAUAAUUGGAGCAUUUAUCAUCUUAUAUUUCGCCACGUGGCAUUUUGCUCUCAAGGACUUGCUUGCUUACGCAACAUCUCUCUGUCUCUCUCUCUCUCUCUGAGCUUCUCUGUAAUGGCUACUUGGAGUGGUUUCAAUGUCUCUUCUUCUCCGUUGGUUAGGCUUCGUUCUUACUCCGUCGCAAAUUCCUCCCAACUUCCGUUUCUCUCUCCUCUUUGCCGCCGUCGGUUACUGGCAGAACGCUUCGGUCUCGCAACUAUAGUUGUUUCGCGCCAAGACCUCCCAGUUUCUCCGCCGCAUGCGGCGGCAAUGGAAGCUCGCGUCUCAGGAAAGAGAGAACCCAUGGUGCCUCCGUAUAACGUAUUAAUCACUGGCUCAACAAAAGGUAUAGGAUAUGCAUUAGCUAGAGAGUUUUUGAAAGCAGGCGACAAUGUUGUGAUUUGCUCUAGAUCAUCUGAACGAGUUGAGUCUGCUCUUCAGAGUCUUAAGGACGAAUUUGGGGAGCAUGUGUGGGGAACUAAGUGUGAUGUUAGGGAAGGGAAAGAUGUGAAGGAACUCGUUGCUUAUAGUCAGCAGAAUCUGAAAUACAUUGACAUUUGGAUAAAUAAUGCGGGAUCUAAUGCCUACAGCUUUAAACCUUUGGCAGAGGCUUCGGAUGAGGAUCUUAUCGAAGUUGUGAAAACCAAUACCCUUGGUCUGAUGUUAUGUUGCCGAGAGGCAAUGAAUAUGAUGUUGACACAAUCUCGAGGUGGUCAUAUCUUCAAUAUUGAUGGAGCUGGUUCAGAUGGGAAACCAACACCCAGGUUUGCUGCUUAUGGUGCAACUAAACGAAGCGUUGUUCACUUGACAAAGUCAUUACAGGCUGAGUUGCAGAUGCAAGAUGUUAAAAAUGUUGUGGUGCACAACCUUUCGCCUGGAAUGGUCACAACUGAUCUACUCAUGUCUGGAGCAACAACAAAACAAGCCAAGUUCUUCAUUAAUGUAUUGGCAGAGCCAGCCGAAGUGGUGGCUGAGUACCUAGUCCCGAACAUAAGGGCGAUACUGGCUAGCGGAUCGAUGAAGCCGACUUACAUUCGUUUCCUAACCGGAAUCAAAGCCUACACCAAAAUAUUCUCAAGAGUUGCAUUGGGAGCAAGGAAGAACAGGUAUGUGACUGAAGACUAGGAAUCAAAACUAAAGGAUUAGAAUUGUAUUGGUUUUCCUGUUUGUUGAAUGGUAAAUAAAAAUCUCUACAAACUGUUGUGUAAGUUGUUUCACUUCUUAUAAAAAAAAAGUUGUUUAACUUCA